UGAGGCUGGGAAGAGUCGGGGCCAAGAUGGCGACAGGGACGGGCAAACACAAACUGCUGAGUACUGGCCCCACAGAGCCUUGGUCUAUUCGGGAGAAGCUAUGUCUGGCCUCCUCUGUCAUGAGGAGUGGAGAUCAAAACUGGGUGUCAGUUAGCAGAGCAAUCAAGCCCUUUGCUGAACCUGGCCGACCUCCUGACUGGUUCUCUCAGAAACAUUGUGCUUCCCAGUACUCGGAACUUCUAGAGACCACUGAGACCCCAAAGAGGAAACGUGGUGAAAAAGGGGAAGUGGUAGAAACAGUAGAAGAUGUUAUUGUUCGGAAACUAACUGCUGAAAGAGUUGAGGAGCUGAAAAAAGUAAUUAAGGAGACACAGGAAAAAUACAGACAACUGAAGAAAGAUGCAGAGCUUAUCCAAGCUGGACAUAUGGACAACCGACUCGAUGAACUGUACAAUGACAUUGCAAUGAAAAAGAAACUGGAGGAAGAAGAAGCUGAAGUGAAGAGGAAGGCUACAGAUGCUGCAUAUCAGGCUCGACAGGCAGUGAAAACACCUCCUCGGAGGUUGCCAAGUGUGAUGGUCCGAUCACCUGCAGGCUCUACUUCUCCAGGAGGUGACUAUCCACUGGGAGACUUGGCUCCAUCAGCUAUUGAAGAAACCAGUCCUGGAGUCAGUGAGAGUGAGAUGACUGUGGCUUCUGGCCACCUGAACAGUGCAGGUGUUCUCCUCGAGGUAGGCGGGGUCCUUCCAAUGAUGCAUGGAGGGGAAAUGCAGUCAACACCCAGCACUGUUGCAGCCUCUCCUGCUGCCUCAGGUGCUCCUACUCUUUCCCGGCUUUUAGAAGCUGGUCCUACACAGUUCACCACACCUCUCACUUCCUUCUCUGCUGUUGCCAGUGAGUCUCCAGCUAAACUUCUACCACCCCCUGUAGAGUCUGUACCCCAGGCUACCAUUGUCAUGAUGCCUGCCCUGCCAGCACCAUCCUCUGCUACAGCUGCUGCCACAUCAGAAAGUGUAGUUCCAGUAAGUCAGCCUGACACUCGUGUACCUAUGGAAGCUGUGAGUGAUCAGCACACUGUGACUGUUUCCAUGGACAGCAGUGAAAUUUCCAUGAUCAUCAAUUCUAUCAAAGAGGAAUGUUUCCGAUCUGGGGCAGCUGAGGCCUCUGGAGGAUCAAAAGUCCCCAGCAUUGAUGGGAAAGAAGAUUUGGACCUGGCAGAGAAGAUGGACAUUGCUGUAUCUUACACAGGAGAAGAGCUGGACUUUGAGACUGUGGGAGAUAUCAUCGCCAUCAUUGAAGACAAGGUGGAUGACCAUCCAGAAGUCCUGGAUGUGGCAGCUGUGGAAGCUGCCCUGUCAUUCUGUGAAGAAAAUGAUGACCCCCAGUCUCUGCCUGGCCCUUGGGAGCAUUCUCUUCAGCCGGAGCAGGAGAAGUCAAUCCCUCCUCCCCCAGCAGAUAUGACCGUUAAGCAAGAGAGGCUUGACUUUGAGGAACCAGAGACCAAGGGAAUCCGUGAUCUGGUGGACAUAGUGGAACCGAGUGCUGAGAUCAAGGUUGAACCGGCAGAGCCAGAGCCCAGUCAUCCCAGCCCUGAAGCAUCAGCUGGAGCUGUUAUAACAGCAAAUGCAGAGCCACCUGAGCUUAAAAGUCAAGAUGUAGAAGAGGAACCCAGAGAACCCAGAGGUGCUAUUGCUGCUGCUGCCACCCCUGCUGCCACGACCACUGCCAUUGCUGCCGCAGCAACAGCAGCAGAGAUUUCUGAAGUGGAGACUUUGAUUGGGAAAGUCGAUGAGACGGCACAUCCCACAGUAAAGAUAGAGGCUUCUCCUGAAAGUGUGAUGUCUCUCCCACAUGGUCAGAAUUCCAGUGAAGACCCUUCCGAGACAGAUAAUCAACACAAGUUUGAGUUGUCAGAUUCGAUGAAAGAAGAAUCAGGAACUAUUUUUGGAAGCCAGAUAAAGAAUGCCCCAGGUGAGGAUGAAGAUGAAGAUGGGGCCAGUGAAGCAGCCAGCCUAGAAGAACCCAAGGAGGAAGACCAGGGAGAGGGUUAUCUGUCAGAAAUGGAUAAUGAGCCUCCUGUGAGCGAGAGUGAUGAUGGCUUUAGUAUUCACAAUGCUACUCUCCAGUCUCACACUUUAGCAGACUCCAUCCCCAGUAGCCCUGCAUCUUCACAGUUUUCUGUUUGCAGUGAGGAUCAGGAAGCAAUUCAGGCCCAGAAGAUAUGGAAGAAAGCCAUCAUGCUAGUAUGGAGAGCUGCAGCUAAUCACAGGUAUGCCAACGUCUUCUUGCAACCUGUCACAGAUGACAUAGCACCUGGCUACCAUAGCAUUGUACAGAGGCCUAUGGAUUUGUCAACCAUUAAGAAGAACAUUGAGAACGGGCUAAUAAGGACAACAGCUGAAUUCCAGCGAGACAUCAUGCUGAUGUUCCAGAAUGCUGUGAUGUACAAUAGCUCUGACCAUGAUGUCUACCACAUGGCUGUGGAGAUGCAGAGGGAUGUUUUGGAACAAAUCCAGCAAUUCCUGGCCACACAGCUGAUCAUGCAGACAUCUGAGUCUGGAAUCAGUGCCAAAAGCCUUCGAGGGAGGGAUUCUACCCGAAAACAGGAUGCUUCAGAGAAGGACAGUGUCCCCAUGGGCUCUCCUGCCUUCCUUCUCUCUCUCUUUAUGGGGCAUGACUGGGUUUGGUUGGAUUCUGAGCAAGAUUAUCCUAAUGACUCUGAGCUGAGCAACGACUACAGGUCCCUCUUCAGCUCAUGGGACUCCAGUCUGGAUCUUGAAGUGGGCAGCUGGAGGGAAACAGAAGAGCCAGGAGCAGAGGAGCUAGAGGAGAGCAACUUAGGGAGAGAGUCCAGUGACCCCCUUACGGGGGAUGGAGGCAGUGAGGAAUUCCAGCAAGAGACAGAGCAAUUCAAGCACCAGAACCUCCUUCAUUUCCUCUCUGAGGUAGCCUACUUGAUGGAACCACUGUGCAUCAGCAGCAGGGGAACAAGUGAGGGCUGCAGAUCUCAGCCUGACUCUAGGAAGCAAGAAGGAAGGGAAACUCCAGAUGUUGAGGGAGAGGCAGGGGAGCCAUGCAGGGAGAUCGAGGAGUUUCCAGCCAAGGGAAACGGCUCAGUAGCACAGAAGGAGCUGGAGGGAAAAAAUGAGAGGCCAGAGAUGGCCCCAGUUUCCUCAGAUAUUUGUGAAGUUCAGGGGCCACCCCAAGAGAGUGAAGAGGGGGGCACAAAGGAAGAACCCAAAGAAGAAAAGGGUGAAGGAUGUGUCUCUGAGGUAGAGAGCAGACCGCCUUUGGGUGAGUGUGAUGAUGGCCUCAACAUUAAGGAAGCUCCAUUGGUGGAUUUAAUUUUCAGCAAUGCCUCUUCCUCCAAGAUGACUGAUCCAAACCAGGGUGAUCCUGUCAAGGAACAGCUGCUAUUCAAGAAAACCCUCCUUCCAGUCUGGAAAAUGAUUGCCAAUCACAGGUUCAGCAGUCCAUUUCUGAAACCUGUGUCAGAUAGGCAAGCUCCGGGGUACAAGGAUGUGGUGAAAAGACCCAUGGACUUAACCAGUCUGAAGAGGAACCUCUCAAAGGGGCAUAUCCGCAGCAUGGCCCAGUUCGAACGCGAUUUGAUGUUGAUGUUCCAGAAUGCUGUAAUGUACAAUGACUCUGACCACCAUAUCUACCACAUGGCUAUAGAGAUGCAAAAAGAGGUCCUAGAGCAGAUCCAGGUGCUAAGUAUUUGGUUAGAAGAAGAGACUUGAGUGAUGUGGACUGAU